AUAAUUGCGUGGGAUGUCUAAUUUGAAUAACACAGCCACUCUGACUCAUGACACUGCAAUGAAACUAAACAUUAACAAUUGUGUUACACAACAUAAAUUUCUCAACCAAUGCUUUUUUAGUCAGUCAAAGACAAAAGACAAUAACCUGGCCAAGCCUUAAAAACUUAACCUCCUUUCAUUUUAUAUAAAGAAUAUUCUUGACCUGUGAAGACGACAAUUCCCGUGGAAUAAUAAUGUUGUUGAAAUAUUUCUUCCACGUUGUUUAUUUACUUCUGAUAUUUCAUUUCAUCUUGGUUUCAUCGCAUUGGUGGCGAAGAAGACGAAGAAGACGACCUCCUCCUUCACCAGUGAACUGUCGAGUUUCACCAUGGACGCAAUUUAGUGCAUGUAGCACAAAAUGUGGUAUUGGAACAAUUACUCGUCGUCGUCAUAUCAUCAAGUAUCCUGCCUACGGAGGCUCUUUCUGUCCUUACUUAGUGGAGUCUCGUCAAUGUGGUUCACCAAACGGGGGGUGUGGUGACAUUUGUAACCCUGUUGAUGGAUCGUGUUCUUGUGUAAGUCGUCCUGGGUACAAACUUGAAGCUGAUGGUAAAUCAUGUGGUGAUAUAAAUGAAUGUGAAAAUGGAAAUGGUGGUUGUAUCAACUCCAACUGUAGAAACACAGAUGGUAGUUAUUGGUGUGAUUGUUUACCUGGUUAUAAACCAUCAACUAUAAACUCAAGGAAUUGUUUACCUAAAUCAUGUUCACCGCUGACUCCACGCCAAUGCCCGCGAACUGCAUAUCAUGACGAGUUUGGAAUAGCCUGCAUGCCUGCACAGAUCAAUUGUCCACACGGGCUUGAGUUUAUGAAAUCCUGUUCCAUCAAUUGUGACAGAAACUUUAAGCUUGCUGUGAUUAAAUCACCAGACGUCAGUAAAACUUUUGCUGAAAACUUCCACAAGGCAGAUUUCAAUGCACCCAAUGAAAUAACCGUGUGCUCUUUAGACGGAAACAAUAAAAAUGUGGUUUGGGACUGGAAUCCAAAUACUUCUCCCUACUACUGUAGGAGAGUUAAUGAUCCACCUUCAAAUAUCCUCUUUUCAAACAUUGUCAUUGAUGAGAAAAUGAAAAUUCUCUCCAGAAUUGGCCAUUUCACUGCAAACGAUCCUCAAGAUGAUCAACUGACGUUCACAAUAGUGAACGCAGAGGCAAAUUUUUACUUUCUUAUUCAAGGUAAUUUGCUGUUGGCGAAGAAACGUUUGGUGUGGAAACCCCAAUCAAAUAAUAUCUACACAGUUGAAAUCAAAGUAAGCGAUAAUGGUUCACCUGUUAUGUUUACUACAAAAACUUUUAGAAUUACUGUGUUGAACAUUAAUGAUCCUCCUUACGACAUAAAACUUUCAAAUAACGAAGUGUUUGAAAAUGUCAAGAUUGGUUCUGUUGUUGGUAAUCUAACAGCUAGAGAUGAUGAUCUUGGUCAAAAACGCACUUCAAAUUUUAACUGGGAGCUCGUCGACUCCGAUAUGGGUUACUUUAAGCUUUUAGGUCAUCAGAUAAUUGUUGCGAAAAGUCUUGAUCACGAAGCAAAGAAUGUACAUCGUAUAAAAGUAAAAUGUACGGACAGCGGUAACCCACCUAAAUCUUCGUCUAUCCAAAGUUUGUUUAUUGUUGUACAAGAUAGCAACGAUUCACCAAAGUAUAUUAAUUUGACAAAUAAUCAGGUGCCGGAAAAUUCCGAUCUCGGCUCGAUCGUUGGCUACUUCGGAGCGAUUGAUGACGAUAACGACACGCUUAAAUUUGAAUUGAAAGAAAGCGAUGUUAUGGUUCGUAGGAAAUUUGCUUUGCAAGGUGUUAAAAUUGACCAUCGUCUUCAAAAUGGCAAAUCUGUUAAGAUUUUCUCAACUCCCCUUGUUGUAAACGGUUCUCUUGAUUACGAAGAGGAGAAUGAGUACAUUGUUUGGUUAACUGUCACAGAUCCGGGGGGAGUGACGCGUAAAAAAUUUCGAAUUGAAGUAACCGAUGUGAAUGAAGCUCCAACGGAUAUUUUGAUGACUGAAAAUUUUGCAGCGGAAAAUUCUCCUUCUUCAACAAUGAUUGGAGAGUUUUUGGUGAAAGAUCCGGACGUAAAAAGUGUGCCACCUCAGAUCCACAUUUGCUCCCUCGAGAGCUCUUUAAAUGGUGACGAAGAUGAGUUUUACAUUACUCACGAAACUGAUCGCAAUAUUCUUCGAGUUAAAUGGAAUGACCGUCUUGAUUUUGAAAGAAAAAAUGCAUACAAUAUCACUGUCACUUGUCGCGAUACUGGCUUCAGUAUUUCUAAAUUAUUCCAAAUUUUUAUCACUGAUGUUAACGAAGCACCAACAUCUCUUUAUUUAUCCAACUCAACUCUUCAAGAAAACUCUCCUAACACGACGUAUGUUGGUACUUUAACCGCUGAAGAUCCCGAUGGCUCCAAUCAAUCCUUUACUUACACUCUUGCUGAUAAUACUGCAUCUUUUCUCAUUGGUGGAACCAAUCAUGAUGAAUUAUUUCAUUUGGGAUCAGUUGAUUACGAGCUUACACCAAGUUUAUUGGUGCAUGUUAUUGUUACUGAUGGCGGUGGAUUGCAUUUUGAAAAAAUUUUUACCAUAACUGUUCUAGACGUAAAUGAUGCACCCACGGACAUUGAAAUAAGAAAGGAUUCUUCAUUGACUGAAAACAGCGUUGAAAAUAUCUUUAUCAGCAAUGUCGUUAUGAUUGAUGAGGAUAAAAACACAAAAACCUCAUGUAAACUUCUUGACUCCAGCGAGGAUCGCGUGAAACUAGACUUGCUCACCUUGCUUGUCGGUCCACGACCUACAGAUUAUGAAAGUCUGGAUUCUUCAAAAUCUUUAAAGAUAAAUAUCAGUUGUGAAGAUGAAUUUGGGAUGAGUAUCAAUAAGUUAUUUGUGAUCCCAGUCAAAGAUGUAAAUGAACCGCCAACAAUGAUGGAGUUGAUUGGAAAAGAAAUUCGUGAAAAUAUGAAUAACAGCUUCGUGGGAAUUUUGAAUAUCACAGAUCCAGAUGUGAGCCAGAGAUUUGACUGUAGAAUACUCAACAGCAGGGCAACCAUUAACAACGCUUCUUUCUAUAUUGACAACAACUCAAAUCCUCCAAUUUUAAAGACUCUUCGUCCACUUGAUUUUGAAAACCAGCGGAUGAUAUAUAUCAACAUAAAAUGUGAGGAAAUAUUAGACAAUCCUAAUGAUCGUGAAAACUCUAUCGAAAGACAGUUCAGAAUUGACGUUAUAGACACGAACGAAUAUCCCAUGAUUCAAUGCGAUACACCAUUCAUUGUGUUGUCGUCUUUCUCACCUGGCUCGGCCAUUGGACUGGUGACAAGUUAUGAUCCAGACAACGAACGCUUUUACAAGUCCCGAAGAGAAAAUAAGGAUGGCUCAACAGAAAUUCAAAAACAAUUAUUGCAGUACAGUUUAGGAAGAGAAAAUUUGACAUCAUGGCCUUUUGAUAUUACUGAUGAUGGAUUAAUUUAUUUAAAAAAGUCUCUCUCUCCUCGACUACACAACGAAUCAAUAACAUUUUCUGUCCGUGUUGAAGACGACGGAGCAGUACUGGAACUAUUAAAUGACUCAUAUCAGAUCAAAACUGAUGAAAUCAAGCAGUCCAUUAAAAAUUGUACCAUUGUUAUUGCGACCAAUGAUACAAACCUGGAUAUUCAACUAAGCUCUAAUUCAAUACACGAAAACGCAUCUUCUGGCUCUGUGAUUGGCUACUUCUCACUUGUACCUGCGCGCCGACCGAAGGAUUCGGUGACCUUUCACAUUCUGAAAGACAAUGACGGGGUUUUGCCUCCUUUUGAGAUCAAUGGAAAUAUUUUAAGUGUGAAAAACGACAAAAGUCUGGAUUAUGAACGUCUUCCGUCACACAAAACUAUUCCGAUACGUGUCAGCGGUCGUGUAAGAAAAUCUGCAGUUUUCACAAAGAUUUUCUUAAUCAAGAUUUUGGAUAUCAACGAAAGGCCGACAUCAAUAUGUCUUACAGGACCUCACGAUAAUCAAGAUUGCUUACUUGUUGGUGAAAUUUUAAUCGAAGAUUUGGAUUAUCCUCAACUACAAUGUGGUUUAAAAAAGACACUUGAUCUGCAGCCGUAUUCCGAUAAAUUAUCUGAAUAUACUUGUCAUAUUGAAGAGGGCGAGGAUACUUUAAGUAAUACUAUUAAAGUGGAUGAUCAUUUUUAUGUUAAAGACAAGCCACCGAAAUUGUACAUAAAGAAAAGUAUAUUUCGUCGAGAAGAUCGAUCCUACAAUGUUCCUAUUUUAUGUCGAAGUACCUUACAUCCACUUCAUAUCUUGUCUAAAACCUUGGACGUUGAUAUUCAAGUUCCUAAUGAUGACAAUUGUCGUGACAGUGAACUUUGUACCUCCUGUCCUCAGCCAAAAUUCUGUCUAUCAAACGUCAAAGCUGGUGGAAAGUGUGUUGAUGAGAAAUAUCGUAUAAACGCCACAGCCAACGUUUCUCCAUCAUUUUUUGAAAAACCUGGUUUCAUUUCCACGUUUGAAAGUUAUGUUAAAGAUUUGAUUGAGGGAACUAGAAAUGGAGAAAAUCUGAAAGAUUUUGUGAAGCAAUUUGAAGGUGAAAGUGCUGUUUCAAGAAAAAGACGCAGUGUAAAACUCAGUAAUGUUUAUGUGGAGUUACUGCUUUACAUGAGUGAAGGAAAAUCUACUAAAGUCGUGUUUGCAUGCGCCGAGAAACCAAACUACAAUUUGAUCUUAGCCUCUGACGCAUGCGCUUUGUUAAAAAACACCGAAGUUCAAUGUUUGUCUGAUCCUUACUCAUCUGCUGAGAGACAAGAAAACAAGAAAACCAGUAAAUUUCCUCAGUGGAGCAUUUACGUCUCAGUCGUUGGCAUUAUUUUGGUCCUAAUUGUUAUUCUUAUGUUCAUAUACCAAAGGAGAAAAGCCAAUAAGAGAGAAGAAACCCAGACCAUUUACUAUGAUCGAAACUCAGACACAGACCCUGUUGACGAAACACAGGUUGAUGACAACGGAUACGUUGGUACAUCUGAGAGUACACGUCUAAAUGUAAAGACGUUUCCUAAUCCUGUUUAUAAUGAUGGUAGUAAGGGAGAUAGAAAAAACUAUAUUAAUACGACCAGGGAAAGGGUCAUGAAUCAUUAUGUAAUUGAUGAACCUCCACCUUUAUAUGAACGAAUUGACGACAACUUUUACGAAAGAUUAGACGAAGUGAAGGCAAAUGGCGGCCCUAGCACUUCUCGUCAAACAUAUAAUGAAAAUUCUCUGUGUGAAAAAAAUCUCCUCGAGAAUCCAUUGUAUAAUCAUAUUAGCAAAGGUAAAGAUCCUCCCAAUGUUGUGACUGAUGAUAGACUCUCGAAAAAAAUCAUGCAGAACGACGUUUCCCAUGAUGCAAUGGAUACGCAGUCAUACAACGAUGUAUUAAUCGUUCAGCUACCAAAAGACAGCGAGACGGCAUCUUUGUUAAACAUUGGAUCUCGAAAUAGCGAUAAAAGUCAGAGUUAAGUCGUGCGUUGAAAUAUAGUUUCAGUUUAAAAUAAUUUGAUUACAGGAGAUGAAAGAAGACGCGAAGAAGAAAGAAUACCGAAUUCCUCUUCGUUUUAAUCACAUCGUUUUUAUGUUUCAUCUCAAAUUUUCAUUUUAAAAUUUACAAAGAAAUUGUCAACGAUUUUGAUUCCACGAUACGACUUAGUUCAAACUUUUAUAAUUCCUGUUUUUGAUUUAAGGAAUUUAGGUCGAAAUGUCAUCAUAUGAUGAAGCAAUUAUUUUAUAAUUUUUUAAGGUAGCUACAAAAUUCAGAUUUUUUAGUUAUCUUACUUACCAUGCGUUGAGUUCAUAUUUUACAUUUAAAAUUUCGAAAUCAACGACGUCAUUUGUACAUAUUUUCUUUAAGUUUGUCUGGCCUAGAUGAACAAAGCAUGUUUUUAAUAUUUUUUAAUGUUAAUAUUUUUAAUGUUUUAAGAAUGAAACAAAAUUUUCUCAUAAAUAGUGUUUUCGCCUUUUUUCGAUGGAGUUAGAGCUAUAGUAUUGAUAUGAUGUUAUAUUUAGUCCUAUAGCACAUAAACUGAAGAUAUACCUAGAUAUACUUAAGGUUUCCUUUUUAAACUCGAAGCUCAACCAUGCAUUCAAAAAUAUCAUUAUCAAGGCCCGUUUACACAAUACCGGAUUACUAUCGUAGCAGGUUGAAUUUUCUUUGUAUUAAAAGGCAGUGAAAUUGUUCAACGUCAGAAACACAAUCAAAUAGACUAAAUCUAUCAACUUUAUAAGCUUUUACUCCGAAUAGUUAUCCCUUUAAAGCAAAUGAAGAUGUCGUGGUGACCGAAUCCCCGGUAUAGUAUAAACGCAGCCUUAGACUCAACGUAUACCCAGGUAUACCCAAUGUAUACUUAUUACUUAUGUUAGCUACAGUUAUAAUGUGUGAUGACCUAGCUAAUGUACUUGUCUCCUUUUAUGUGUAAAUUACAUGCAAUGAUUUGUAAAUAAUUCAAUGGCUCAAACCUGGGAGAAAGAGGGGCAGAAGAUUGAUAAUUGAGAGGGCUAAUCUUCAUAUAUGCAUGUUUUGCUUUAUUUGUUUUUUUCAAAACAAUUGUGAUUAAGAAUUGUAAGAUAUGAAUACAUUAAUAUAGCCUUGCCAAUUAUCCAUUUUUCCUGGGAAUGUCGUCAAAUGUUUGUAUAGGUAUAGAUCGUCUAGGUUAGUAAAUUCCUGAGAUAGAUUGUUGGUGUUGACUUUUUUGUUGACUGACGUUUCGACAACCUUAGCGGUUGUCAGGCCAGUUUCAAACGUCGAACUUCACAUGAUAAUUAGGUAAUUCACCAUUUUCUUUUGUCUUUAAUGCGUUUGGUGCAUGCAAAGUUCGACGUUUGAAACAGGCCUCAUUUUCAUUAUUAGAAACGUCAGUUAGUCAAGGAAAAUAUCAAGUCCCAACAGUCCUUCUCGGAACUACAAUUACCAGGACAUUCAAAUAUAUGAUGGUUUACAAAUAACAGUUAAUUAACUGACAAUUUAUCAAAAUUUGCUGAGUAGACCAGAUUUCCUCCUUUAAUUUGAUAUAUAUUGUUGCAAAUCAUGUUUGUAGCUCCAAGUGAAACUUGUAUGACUGAGGAGAAUAUACAUUUGAUUGAGAAAAUCCAAAAAGUAUAACUGAUAAAUUUAACUGUACAAUACAUCUCGUUCUUUGUUGUUUGUUCUGUA